UGAUAAUUGCUCGCGCUGGGGAAGACUGCUUAUGCUCAACACAUUGGAAUCGCCAAGCUCCUCCCCAGUUGCAAAGAAAACAGAAAGCAGUGAACGGACAGUAAUCCACUUUCCCAGCAACUAUCCCCGGGUUACUGCAGUUCGUGCACACUAAUAGUUCAGGAGUGCAGCUUUAUCAUCUCUCCCGCCCGUCCUCACAGGAGCAGAGAACCAGCCAGAAUAUUCCAGCCCUCUAGACUCUUAUUGCUCACUGCUCUCAGAUCAUAUUCUAGACACUUUCCAGUCCAGCCCUUGCCUGCCGGCGUCACUCUAUAAAUAUUGCAGAGAAGGAAGCGGAGUGUAGAAUGGCUCAGUUCACUGUCCCAGGCUUCGCAAUGAAGAACUCUCCGAACCAAACGGCCAACAGCGACGCUCUUCCUCCCGGCUGGGAGAUUAAGAUUGACCCGCAAACCGGGUGGCCCUUCUUCGUCGAUCACAACAGCCGAACAACAACGUGGAGCGACCCGAGAAUGGAGCUGCAGAAGGAAAGGCAAGCUUUUUCCAAUGGUCCGUAUCCGUCAGGGUAUCACCAAUCAUCACAAGAUGUCCCAAAACAACGACAUGGAAAAGAAUUUGGCUCUACAGGUCCUCAGCUUCGCCCAGGUUACAUUCCCAUCCCCAUAAUGCAUGAAGGAGCUCCUGAUCAUUAUCAGCAAAAAUUACACUAUUCACCUCAGCAGCCUGACUUGCAGAGACUUAAAACUGAAGUCCGGGCACAUUCCCCAGUACGGGCACAGUCUCCAUCCAGGCUCUCAGCUCGAGCUGAGUCACCAGCUGGGCCUCCAUUCGAAGCCACGCAGGCAGAUAAACAAAGUGGACAAGCAUCAACAGCUGCCACUAGCCAGGCUUCUGGCUUGCAAGGGUCAGAGAAUUCACAGUUCCAAACUAGCCCCCAAACAUUUUCAUCUCAGCAGCAUGGUCGGUCAAGCUUAGGAAGUUCCCAGUUACCUUCAGGUUAUAUUUCUAUACCUGUGAUCCACGAAGGAAAAGGAGUAAAGUCAACUCAACAUGUAUAUCACCCUGCUCACCAGACACAACAACCAAGCCAGCAAUCAUAUCACCCAGUGCAACAGGCAGAAUACCCAAUUCAGCAAUCACAUCACCCAGUGCAACAGGUACAGUACCCAGUCCAACAAGCACCUCAUCCAGUGCAACAAGCUCAGUGCCCAACCCAGCAAGCAUACCUUUCUGGCCCACAUGUACAGUAUCCUUCCCAGCCUACAGAGUGCACAGUCCAGCAGCAGCAGCCAGUUGCCUACAAGUUUUCUCCUGAAGACUGGGGAACAAACAGAGCUGGGGCACAAUCACCACAAAGAAUGGCUCAGAAGGGAACAUCAAGUCGUGAGAGCUCCCCAGCCCGGAUGACUUCACAUGCUCGGCCACAGUCACCCAUCUGGACCAAUACAGGUGUGGACAGACCACAGGUUGCUCAGCAACGAACACAGCAGCAAGAGGCACCCAGAAUGCAACAGGAGAGCAAAGCCCAUUCCUUUGGGUCCGAGCGUCCUGCAGCCUACAUCCCAAUUCAAGUCACAAGGCAACAACCACAUAAACCUCAGCCUAAGACUGAGAGAAAAACUCCAUCCCCUGCAAAGAGCAACACCCAGCAAGAAGAGGGUGUUGUCCCUGAAAUAAAGCCCAUAGCCACUGAAGAAUCUCAGACACACCCUGGGCUGGUAAAAGUAGAGAAAAUUCUUCAAAAGGUCCAUAGGCUUGAGGAAGAUGUAAACUUAUUUGAAGGUGCGGGAACUGAUAAACACUAUCUGAUGAUUGAAGAAUUGCUGACCAAAGAGCUGCUGGCCCUUGAUUCAGUGGACCCUGAGGGUCGAGAUGAUGUGCGACAAGCCAGAAGAGAUGGUGUUAAGAAGGUUCAGAACCUUCUAGAACAGUUAGAACAGAAGGCCAGCAUGGGCCCAGAAGCCAAAAGUUUUCCUGAACCUCAGCCAGGAAUAACUGAAAAAUCAGCUCAAAUGGAUUAUACAGAAGAUGACAAAAAGUGCUCAAAAACCGAUGCACAAGAAUCAAAAACGGAAACUGACCAAAGUGAAGUGAACCCGAGAAAACCUGGUGAUGAUUGCUACAUUAAAGACAUUUCUGAUAAUAAUGAACAUUAGUCCUUCAGUAUCAGAAGUGCAUCCGCCAAUCAUUUUUAUAAAUCGUGUUGAAAUGUUUUAUGAAUGCAUGCCAUCAGGAGGCUUUCUCAUAGUUUUGUGCCCUAGUAUUAUUUCUCUGCCAUCAUGGAGAGACAAUUGUGAACAACAGGAGCUUGUUGGUUGAAUUAUGCAAGUUUUUGGUUACUUGUAAUCAACUUUGAAAAAAUACAUUCAUCUUGCUGAAAACAUGCCUCUGUUUUGCAUUGUUUUCUAUUUGCUAUCUUCCUUAAGAUUAAUCUUGCCAAAAUACCAUCUUGUGCCACAUGAUGGUGGCUUAGAAAGCCUUAUAAAUUACCAGAGUACCUAUUUAAGUUAUAAACAUUAAGUGUUGCCUGUGAAGUAAAAGUGUCAGUUUAGACACUGUUGGGCACUUUAUGAAUGAAAAUGUUGAAAUGUGUAAGACAUUGAAGGAGUAUGAGUAGAGUAAUAUAGGUAAUGGUUUCUAUAUUCUAUUGAGGAAGCAUUAAAUUCAGAUCGCAUUUGCAUUUUGUGCAAUAUUUAUGUUUGGUAAGCAACAAGAAGUCAACGUUCAUUUUAAGCUUACAUGUGUUGCUUACAAAGAAUAAUUUGCUUACAAAAAGUAAUGGAUUUUAAAAUGCAGGGAAUCUUGGUUUAAUUUUUAAAGACUUUUAAAAUAUGUUGUGUUCCAAUCUUUCCUUUGAACUGCGAUCCAGAUGCAGAUGUUUAUUGAUGUUUUUGGUUGGAAGUUUGAUUUCAUUUGAUCAUCCAUUUUGUUUACAAAUGGCAUUGACUAGUGCCACUCUGCAACUGGCUCCUGCCUAUAGCAAUAGCAGGGACAAUGCAGAGUAUAGGUCAGUGACAUUUGUUUAAGUCAAAGGUUGGCCAGAGUUUGUCACCAACAAAUUUUCAGAGUUGUGUGUUAAGUAUGGCCUUUUGUAAUGAGAAUCCUUUAAUAGCUGCCUCUGAAGCUAGAAUAUAUGCUUCUAGGUCAUCGCAGUGUCACCAUUACAUUGCAGUUGUACCUGCAAUGCCAUUGGUACAAGGGUAUGAAAAGGUGGAUCACAAAUGUUUUCUCUAACAAUUACACAAUUUUAGAUAAAAGAUAAAGGUUAUGACACUCACAUUUGCUUUUCUACAUGCUAACCUCAGAAUGACAACUAUCAUAACUUUAAACGCUAUUGCUAGUCCCUUUAUGCACCUGCAUUUUGAGAAAGUUGGUAAAGAGAUGACAGUGUUCAACGUAUUUAAUAAACACUUUGGUUAGCAAUUAUUACCUAAACUAAUAGAAUCAAAGAGAGAAAUCUAGUAUUUUUUAAGUGUAUUUUCAUUUUUUUCACUUUGUGGAAUUGUGGGGAGGUGGUGGAAGGAUUCCUGAGCUGAUUAUCAGUCCAUUGAACCGCAUCUUGAACACUACCUCAGUGCCAACAAGUCCUGAAUUUGGACUUGAACCUGGAGCUCUAGCCCAGAGACAGGGAUGGUACCACAGUGCCACAAGACCACCCAGAAACCAAAUGAUAAAAUGGGUAAUGAGAGUGCAACUUGUACAUUUGAACCUUGACUUUAAGAGAAAUCAGGCAGAAAAUUAGUUAAAAUGGAGCAGGGGGACUUAUUCUUUUCCCACCCCAAUCUGCCCAAUCACAAUUUUAAAUUGCAGGUAACAAGGAUUAGCUUCCAAAGCUGGUGACAUGCUCUAUAAAUAUGCAGAUCAGGCUCCAAUUACAUUACUGGGGCCCAACUGCAAAUUUAACUGAGGCAUGGACAGGGGAACAGUAGUGACUAGAUCAGCCAAGGCCAGAAGAGGCCCAGUUAUCUAUUUUCUUCUAGUUUCCAUGUGAGCCGGGACAAUAGUCUGAUAACAUCAGAGAAAAUACUUCAGAAAAUUCAGAGGCUUGAGGAAGAUGUAAACUUAUUUGAAGGAACUCUAGGCCCCGAAAGGAAACUUUGGACCUUCCCUGCUCGCUCCCACCCCUUCCCUCCACAUUGUCUAUCCCUUUACCCUUAGUGUCACUCCCUGUGAUUCCUGGUGAUUGCCUCUGACCACCAUGAUUUUAACAGUCAGGCAGUUAUUUCUCAGCAAAUUCUGGGCCAUUUUGGAUGGGAAGUUAGCAAAUAGAAUGCAAAUUAGGCCCAUGAUCAGCUGAGGCUGCCUGUUGUGCUCACAGACCAGCUGGCUGUUCACUUUGAUGCUUUCCAAUUUGGGAGGGAUGUAUAGCCCUUUCUCUUAGAUCACAAGAUCCCUUUUAAUCUGACCACUUUUAGAAAACAAGAACAAACACUUUGACUUGUUGUGGCUUAUAAAUUCACAAUCAUUUAAAAAACAAUAUUAAUAUUGGAUUUAAAUGUCUUGAUAAGAAUUGUUUUAGCACAUAUAUAUUUUCAAACACAUGAUGCAAUGUGUCACAGCAGAAUGCAUAAUCAUGCUAUUUGCAGGUGAUGCAAUUGUAAUGCGUUUGGCACAUGGCUCUUCUCCCAUCUCAGACAGAAAGGUCUUGCCAAAAACUCUAAAUGGAGACAGAGGCUUUUUUUUUUAAAAAAACAACUCUAUUUUUGCAACAUACAGCACAAUAAUUUUUCCACUUAUUCUUCAUGCUCAGGCUGGAAUGGAUACUGCAAAGUAGAACCACAUGUUAAUUGUAUAAAUUAAGGUAAGUAUAUACAGGAGGAAGGCAUUGAUUGGAUGAUUACUUGAACAUAUAUAUAGGUGGAUAGGAUUGAUUGAAUGAUUACUUGAGCACAUUAAGGAACACUUAUUGACACUGGUAGAGGAGAAGAGUUCAGAGCUAUACACUUGUAUUGUUUCACUCUGUGAAUAAAUUUAAAACUGAGUAAAGAUUGGCUUCUGGUCUCCUACUUCACAAACUGCUGUCAAGAGUUUAACAUCACACCACCAUUUUUACUACACCGCAACAGCCCAAACCUUUCAUACUCACAAGACACAGCAAGAGCACAGCUAGAAAAAAACAGCUAUUUCUAAUUUACUCUUAGUCACAAAUUAUACUUUGCAAUCUGGUUUAAUGCUUUAAAGAUUGUUUUACUACUCAGGAACAAUCAUAAAGCAGAGUAGUUACACAAAUGAUGGUGUUUAAAAUUAUUUAUUCAUGCCUACUUCACACAAGUCCUACCAUUUCAUUUAAAAUAAUCCAUUAUAAUCAAUAUAUAAUCAUAGAAACAAAAACAGGAAAUGCUGGAAAUACUCAGCAGAUCAGCAUCUGUGGGAGAGAUACAGAGUUAACGUUUCAAAUCGGUGACCUUUCAUCAAAACUGGAAAAUGCAAUAUGCUUUAAGCCAGUCGAGAGGCAGGGGAGGGAUGGAUAGAAUAAAAGGGGAGGUCUGUGACAGGAUGGCAGGCAGGAAACAUUAACUGAUAAAAGGUAUGAUGGUGCAAGGAAAAGGGGGAUCAUUAUGGAACAAGUAAGGAAACAAAAGAUGGGUCUGGAGGAGGUAUAAAUAUGAAUAGCAGAAUCAUUAUCAACAACUACCAUCUGAAAAAAUGAGGACAGUGAUUAUGAUCUGAAAAUAUUGAACUCCGUGUUGGGUCCAGAAGGCUAUAAAAUGAGCUUCACUGAAAGAAUAUAGGAGGCUGAAGAUAGAGAGAUCAGUUCUUCAUUAUAACCUGAAGUGCUUUGAGAUACUUGAAAAAUGUGAUAAUAGACAGCAUUUAUGAAUGCCAUUAAGAGAAAUGAGCACCAACCACAUCCACAAUAUUCAAUAUACUAUCUUCUCUUCCUACUUUUGGAAUGCUUUCUUUUUGCCCUGAUGAUAUAAGUUAACAUAAGUACAAUGAUAAUUUUGAUUUCCUUAUGAACAGAAUAGAAAAUGAAGGCAGAGAUACAACAAAAAUUGCAAAUACUGGAAAUCUGAAAUAAAAAUAGAAUUGUCAUCAAUUUGGGUUAACAUUUUAGGUGGUCUUUUGAUGAAUUGUUAUACCUGAAACAUUGAACUCAUUGAUCUGUUGCAUAUUUCAAGAAAAAUAAAAACAUCACAAUAUAUGUAAAAUAUUUGUACCCUCAACAUGAAACAUUGGUAAUACCCAAAUAAUAUUAUUACUUUAUUGAAUAUAAUCAUGAUUCUGAGAACAAAAAACAAAUUUGCAUUUAAAUACCACCUUUCAUAUCCGAAGGAUGAUGCAAGGUACUUCACAGAUAAUCAAGUACAUUGAAGAGUAGUCAUGGCAGUAGUUUGUACACAGCAAGGUCCCACAAUCAGCAAGCAGACAAAUGGCCAGAUUUUAGUGGUGAACAGAUAAACCUUGGCCAGGACGCUGGUGAGAUCUUCCCUACUCUUAUCUGAAUAAUGCUUUGGUCUCUUUUAUGCCCACUUGGACAGGUAGCGAUGGAUCCUUGGUUUAAUAACUAAUUUGAAAGAGGCUAACUUCGGAUGUAUGGUAGUCCCUCAGUACUAUACUGAUAUAAGGCUAUUAUUCAUAUCUAUUAAUGCCAGGUUGAGUUGACAUUUUUUUCUGAUGUUUAUCUGACCUUCCAGUAUUUAUAAUGUUUUUAAAUUGUUUUAGAGUACAUUGAAAGCUCCAGGCCAAGUUUAGUUCUCAAUAUUUAAAUGAAUAAGUUAUUGCAGCAAUGCAAUUACAAAUCUCUGCAGCUUCUCUUGCCGAAAUGUUAAAAAUAACCGAGAACUCAAAAAUCUAACUUAUAAUAUGCUUGUCAAAUAGUUUUACUUGCACAUGACUAUCUUUAUUAUGCUGACUGUAUGCAAAGACCAGCAUGUAUUUUCAUUUCCGUGCAGAAUGUUCUGUCUUUCAAAAGAAAUCCAUAACACACAUAUAAACCAGUGACCUGUUCUUUUGGAAUGAGUUUCAAGUUACCCAAGUAAAAUUGCAUACUGGUCCUGUUGAUUUCAAUUUCCUGUGCAUUCACAAAUUGUAGGCAAGUUUUAAAAUGUAGAAAGUGUUUCUUAAUAGGAAGAUUCAUACAGUAAAGAACUACGUAUUUGGUUGUUGCUGUAAAGUAAUAAAAUAUAAGGGGAAUUUAUCUGCCUGCCGAAAUGUUUAUUGUCACUACAACGGAGAGCCUUGAAUACAAUUGUACUGCAUUUUGAAAGACUAUCAGUUGAAAGAUGUGGAUACAUUUAUAAAUUGACUCAUCCUCAGUAUAUGCCAAAUUGAUUUCCCUAAACAUUGUUUACAGUAACAAACAGUUAGACGUGAAAUUCAUAGCUACUCUGUUAUUUGGCAUCUUGAAGCAAUCUUUUUCACUGAAUGACUCAUUCUAUAGGAACAGGUUUAUUUCAGACGUCAAUGAAUGUAUACCAUGUAUCUCAAAGUAGUAAUAAAUGCACUUUGUAUGUAUCUGCACUUAAAUAACACCAAAAAUUAGGAUUAAGUCCUGUUGUGGAUUCUGUAUGUAAUGCUGCUAUGUCACAUAAAGUAACUGGUAUGAUGUAUAAAUGUAAUAAAGCUAUGUUGAGUGGAA